AUGCGCUGGGUUUUGCGUCUCAACGCGGGAAAGUGGCCGUCGGGAACUGUCUUGGACCGUCGUGAGGACCGUACUGAGGAUGGCGAGCACCGCCAUCGCAGACACAGGCACUCCACCUCUCACCGUGAGGAGGGUGACAGGGAUGCUAGACGUCGAUCCUCGCACCACGGUGAAAGCGAAGACAAGGACUCGAGACGCCGAUCCUCGCAUGCCAGUUCUCACCAUAGCCACCGGCACCGGUCGGAUGGCACCCGAGGUGUAGAUGACAAGUCGUCGCCGAAGCGGCGCGAUAGCGGCUACGCAGCACAAACUAGCAGUCCUUCGGGUAGCAAGCACAGGACGUCGCCAGACUCGGAACACAAACGAGCGACAUCGGCGGAACGGCGACGGAAGCAAAGAUCGUCUGAAGUGCCGCUGAAGGAAAGGACCGCUGAAGAGCAAGCCGAGCAUGAAAGACGCAAGACUGAGCUUUUCCGCCGCCAGCGCGAGCGUGAACAUGAGCGGGAACUAGCACUCCAGAGCGAGGAGCGCGAAAGAGCCCUGCAGCGGGAGCGCGAGAAAAAGGAGCGCGAGGAAAAGGAGCGCGAGGAGAAGGCACGCGCUGAGAGAAGACGCGCUGAGAAGGCGCGCGCAGAAAAGGAGCGUGCAGAAAAGGAUCGUGUGGAAAAGGAACGUGAAUCUGAACGGCGCCAUUCUGAUGCACGUCGCGCAGAGCGCCACAAGUCACAUCGCCGUGACUCUACGCACAAGGAAUCGGCAGCGCCACCAACCGAUAAAAGUGUUCCAGAUAGCGAGCAUGAGCGCCAUCGCCAUCGACACAAGUCUCACCGACACAGCCAUUCCCCCAAAGAGAGGUCGGAUGGAUCGUCCAGGCAUCGCCCGAGCUCUUCUCAAAAGGCCGAGUCGACGCCGCCAGCAUCGACCCGAGGCUCCGGCACCGAGGACGCCACGCGCACGCCAAAAGACUCGGACGCGGAAUCCAAGUCUCAUACGGGAGACGACGAGGCGCGUCGACGCCGCCGCCGUCACCGCGACGCCGAAGGGUCGUUGAAGAGCGAAGGCUCAUCCUCACGACAUGGCCAUCGCGACGCUGAUGGCUCACUAAAGAGCGAAGGCUCGUCUUCCCGACGACAUCGCCACGCCGAUGGCUCACUGAAGAGCGAAGGCUCGUCUUCCCGACGGGAGCACUCCAAGAGAGAGAGCACCAAGGACGAGCCCAGGGUACGCUCCAAGAAGGAGUCUUCGCGCAAAAACCCAGAUUCGCAAACCGACGAAGAUGCGAGGAGGAGGAGCAGGCGCCAUGAUCGCCAGAAGGAAGUGGAGGACCCCAAGAAAUCGAGCGGCCUGAAGGGCGUGCUCAAGAAGCUAUUCACAAAGAGCGAGAAAGAAACUGUACGAGGCACGACGCGAUGA